AUUGCCUGCUUGCUUAGGAACGGAUGCAAAGAAACACGCGUGAUGUGUGAUGUGACAGUGGAGAAUAUCAGAGCAUAUUAAUGAAGAAAAAGUGAUUUGAUUGCUCCUGUAUGAGGAGAGGAUAAAACAUCAACUAGAAGAGAAUGAUCUACGUCAGUUUGUGGAAUCUCAUUCACGAGCAACUAUGAAAAUUUAAAUGUGAAUCAUAAUAGUUAAGUGUUCACCAGAGAGUUUCACCCUAACAUAACGGAUCCAAUUUUAUAGUGGCUGAAUUAAGGCUGUCAACUGUGCAGUACAUUUAAACUUGAGAGGUUUUUCGAGGAGAGAAGAUAGCCAAUUUAUUAUCAGCAGAGGAUUUAAAAAGUGUGAUGUUGAUGUGUUGACAUCAAAUUCAAGGUGUGAUUGUGAAAUUACAAGCGAUAUUAAAACUGAGUUUCAGCUUAUCGCAACAAUAUUAAGUGACUGUGAAAAUGGAACGGGUGUGGAGAAAAGUGAAUCAGGGUCUUACAAUUAGAUCCUCGUCUACGAAGCAACCUCAAACGACGGCCACAAACACAGCAACGACCGGAUGCCUUCCGGUGCUCGUACCGGGGCAGCCACAUUCAACGGAUACGACGAGUUCUGCCGGUUUCGGUGAAUCCCAAGUGGUUGCCGUGCAGCAGCGUAGAAGAUCUAAUCCUACACAAGUUAAUACUGCUUCGUCAGAAAAGCGGAGGCGUCGUCGACGCCGCAGUCGUCCCAGCCGAGACGGCAAUUCACAAAGCGGAGGUCAUUCAUCCGGCGGUCAUCACAAGAAUCACUCAUCUUCGUCUCACCGUAGCAACAACAAUCAAAUGAGCCUAAUGACCCAAGCGGGUAACGAACAAUCACUCAGACAACGUGCCGUCGCCCGGCUUAAAAUGUUCAAUUUUAAUCUCAACUGGGAUCUGCACAUGAAUCAGUGCAAACCAUGCGGUCCUAAAAGUGGCAACAUAAUAACCCGACGUCUUUGCCGGAAUCGUCGGGGCGAGGACAACGAACUGUACCGUUCCAAUAGCUUUAAAUUUGAACGUUUCGAACGGAAGGAGCAAGGAGAAAUCGGGUCAAGGACGCUCCGAAAACAGAUCUCCGUCUGCGAUGAUUACAGUUUACCGAUAGAUUUCGUCAAAAAGAGACCGUCCAGUUUCGAUCCUUGCCUAGCCGAUCGAUUGCCCGACAAUUGGGCCUCUCCAAGUCCACAAACAGAGCACGUUUCUUUUUUAGAACCAUUAAAUCUCCAGCAACCCUUGUCAGCAAUUCCGACCACCAGUUUUGGAACGACAACAGUUGGUAUCGGUACGAGUGCCGGUGGGGCGGAAACAGGAACCCUUCCACAUCAACAGCAUUCUUUACACCGUCAGCAGCAUCCACAACUAACAUCCGCCCAUAUUUCACCCUCUAUUUCGGCCGCUGCCACUGAAAGUGUCGACCAAGCAGUACCCAUUAAGACAGUUGAGGAAAUUUUCGACUCGAAAAGAAGUUACAAACGUGGCACUGCAAGAUCUCGGCAACCGCAAACCAGGAAACCCAGUAGCAAUUCUGAAGUCAAAUACAUCAAUCAGAAUUUCAGCUCAGGCUCAUCAGCGCCUAUAACCUCCGAGGAAGAGGAUAACGACGAAGAGGAAGAUGAAUUAAGUAAAAUCCCGGAGCUAAAUUCGCCGGAUAGUAUCUCGGAGGACUUGAUUCAUCCUUUGCCACCUCGACAAAGCCCUGUUAAGACCACCGUUCCAGACACAGCGAAACGCAAUCCGUCUCCCUAUUAUUACUCGGACUUACUCAAAAACAAAACUCAACAAGAAGAAUCACAAGAAACAACAACCGAGCCGCAAAACCCGGAACAUAGUGAACCGAAAAGAGCAAGCAGUAGAGCUUCUUCGGUAGGCACACGUCAGAAGGAACUUGGUGCACGUUACAGAAAAAGCAGUAGCCUUGAUACCCCAGCUGCUGAGAAAGAAGUCUGCCUCCCGAAGCGGUAUUCGAUAACCGAGGAAGGUGUCCGUAUUAUCCGCUGUGAUUCGCCGUCCACUACCACUUCGGACGACUCGGAUUGUUCUGAAUGUCGGAAAAGGAGAGACUGGCAUGCGCAGUUGGCAAUAGUGCGUGCAAACUGUAACCUUACACCGUCAGUCGAUCCUUCAAUGCCACCACAUCGAAUGCUUGGUCCCUCAGCAGUUUGUUCCUGUGCCACACAUGCAUUUGGUGAGGACAACGAUGAACUCUUCCGACCACGUAGUAUUUUCUAUGUUCACCAACCUGGAGCACAAGAUUGUGCUGAUUGUGCACUGAGUGACAAUUCUGCCAAUGUGAAUGACGAUAUGACGAGCAUCCGAACGCGUCAAUUUUAUGAGACGGCAUUCGAUUCGAAGAUAACUCGGUCUGACGACGACUUGGAUGAGGUAGACCGAGUAACCAAUCAGUCGGUAUUGAUACAGUUGAGCAAAAGUAAUAACAGUAGCACCAGCAACAUGGUAUCGAGUCAAAAUAAAGAAAAUCGUGAUAGAAGCAAACGCGGAGACACUAAACGCUCCAAAAGUUCUCUGAAGACUCCGUCAACGACUCAAGUUCAAACGACAGUUGAUAUUGAAAACACACCAGACGUAAAUCUCUCACAAGACCUGGAGAAGCUUCAGAUCGACAAACAGCUCGACAAUAUUACAAACGCAAAUUCUACGUCUUCCUCUCAGCUUCCAUUGCGUGGAUAUACGCCUUCUCCGCCCUCUACGGCUCCACUUCCGAUGAAAUUCCCCGAAAAACACGAGCGCUUUUUUAUUAACAGCAUCAAAAGUGCGCCAAAUCUGCCCUCUUCCAAUGUUGCACAACAUCCUCGCUUGAAGGAUCUCCGGUUGGACAUCCAAGCAAUUCGUAGCAAUGAAGUCCCUCCCUCUGGUAGCUGUGAUGGUAGUAUGAACAAUUCCUCCUACAACAGUCCCAAAAACAGUGACAGACCGCGAUCAACAUUAUGCCUUGAGCCGGAGCGGGUUCUUGAAUUGAAGCGAAGCCAUCGAAACCAUAAGCAACGGGGAAGAGAUUUCUCCUCCACCGAAAGUAUGGCCACAUCCAGCAGUGGUGGUAGCAUGGAGUCUCUCAAGUCAAGCACCAGCGAAGGAAACCGAAGUACUUCCAGCUCGGACUCGCGACAUUCCUCUUCGCUGAGUUCACACAGUUCUGACUCGGGCCCAACGAUUGCCUUCCCGUUGCGAGUCCCAAUGGUGGUCCAUAACAAGUUGAACAUCCUGAGCCCAAUUUCGGACAAAUCCUCACAGGAACCCGGCUCGGAAACUUCCGAUAUUAACAGAAAUAGCUCGCAGAAACAGUCUCCGGAGGAUACAAUCGGCGGGACUAUUGGGAAAAAAGAAAACGAUGAAAACGAGGCUGUGAAGUUGACGGGGCCCAAAAGACGAUCUGCUCCGAAUAAGGCAUUAUUGUUUAUUACUGGCCCGGAAAUACAAGGAUCUGACAGUGGAAUAUCGCUACAUUCCCGAGAGGAUGUGAAAUCGAGGUCAAAUUUCAUGAACUUGGGUAUCCAGCGAGCGUCGCUCGGUUUGGAAAAAUCGGACACUAACAGACAGGCUCUUCCGCAGGAUCUCAACGAUCUUCCGUUUGAUAUGCCAAAAUUGAGAAGACGAAGAGCUCAUUUGCAACAGGAACCUUGUACCUCUGGAAGUGUUACCUCAGUAGAUGUGGGCGAUCUUCCGUUUGAUAUGCCAAAACUGAGACGACGCCUUCGACUGUCGCAGAAUCAAAACCAAACCCCCAUUCCAUCGUCGUCUGGCAUGAUUUUACAAACAAGUACAGAAUCUAGCGGACUAUCGUUGGCAUCCUCCAGUCUAUCAAUGAGAGAUUCAGAUAACAAAACCGCAGUUACUGGAGGGUUUUUCAAACAAAGUCUCACAUUGAAUUUGAACGAAUGCAGUGUCAAGCCAGCGAAGAAGUUUGGAACGCUUGAUCUGGGGCUCAAUUUCAAUGCAGCUCGAUCAAACAUCGAUCUCAUCGAUGCUUCCAUUCCACUAGACAGACAAGGCUGGUACCACGGAUCAAUCAGUCGAAUAGAUGCCGAAAAAAUCCUGCGGCCAUUGGGAGAAGGUAGCUUUUUGGUACGCAACAGUGAAUCAACUAGACAGGACUAUUCUCUCACGUUGAAGAGUGCCAAAGGCUUCAUGCACAUGCGAAUACAGCGCGAUCAAGAAACGGGUCAAUUCAUUCUCGGACAGUUCAGCCGACCCUUCCCGACGAUACCGGAUAUGAUAAGACACUUCUGUUUGAAUCGGCUGCCGGUGCGUGGUGCUGAGCAUAUGUGCCUUCUGGAACCGGUCAUUGCGCAGAUUCUCUAAGAGAGCAGGCAUAUUUGUCGAUGAAUCAAAAACAAACCCAAACAAAAAACAGUCAUCAUCAGUAGUUUUGCUUGUGGUGCAGCCGCAGUUCACAAAGUUUAGAAAGUAGCAAUUAGCGGAAGAGAUACCUAACAGAGCAGAAUACACUAAUAUUGCAGCAUUUUCUGUGAAUUCUAUGGAUAGCGUAGAAUUUCAACUGUCAUUGGGAUGCACCGAGAUAAGCAAGAAGCUAGAACUGUGUUACGUUCCUUUCGACCUGCGUAUUUUCAAUUUUCUUUCCAGUUUUUGUUUUCUUUUAACUUGUGACAAUAAACAUUAAAUUUCGUUUCACGAAAGAGAAAAUUGUACAGAAGAGAUUGUUUGAAGUGAACUUAGAAUCUAGAUACCACUUUGUGCGAACGUUUCAAUGGCCAUAAGUUUGUGCAGCACUUAUUAUAUUGUGAUACCGCGACUUUGUUGAUGAUUAAUAACUAUUAACGUACAUUUGUGGAUUUUUAUUCUUCGAAUUACGUACAAACUACUUAAAUAUGGUUUCAGGCGUAAACGAUUGUGUUACCAAAUCUAGAAGGGGAAGCAGAACACUAAGAAACGUUGUGAAAGGAAAUGCCAAAAUUGGACUGUGAAACGGGAUAUUUGCAAUUUUAUAUUCGAUUUAAGUAACGAAAAAGUGCAAUACAGAAGAAAACAAACAACAGCAAAUACUUUUUAUCACAUUUUUUUGGUUUAUUUAGCUUACAGCAGUUAAUUGUAAGUGAGCAAUCAUAACAUACUCACUAUGUGUGGCAGUAGACGCAGUAAUAGUGCAGAAUUCGAGUGAAAUGUCAACAGGAUUAUUUUUCUCCAUAGAUGCAACGGUUUAUCCAACGCAGGCAGGAACAGUACAGAACAUACAUAAGUGGAAGCCAAAACUGAAAUUUCGUGAAAAGAGUUUAAGUAAGAUUGGAAGCGUGUAACCUGUAUUCUAUUUGACAGAAUAAUUGUAGAACACAUAUUAACAGAUGUAUAGAGUUUAGAAUAGUGAUCACCAGGAUUGAUUAGUUUUCUCGUUAUCAUGCAGAGAAGCUGAUAAUCUACGAGUGAAUCAAUACUAUUGAUUUUUGAGAAAAGAAAACCGAAAAAUACCCGAACACAUAUUGAAAGAAUCACGUAGUGAUGGAAAAU